UGCGCAAACACGCCAUUCACGAAGAGGAAAGAAAGAGAGAGAGAUCAGAUCAGAGCAGAAGCUGAGCAGAAGCUGAGCUGAGCUGAGCUGAGCUGAAGAUCCGGUCAUGGCGUCGAAGCUGUGCGACGCGUGCAAGUCGGCGACGGCGGCGCUGUUCUGCCGCGCCGACUCGGCCUUCCUCUGCCCGAGCUGCGACGCCAAGGUGCACGCGGCCAACAAGCUCGCCUCCCGCCACGCCCGCGUCGUCGUCUGCGAGGUCUGCGAGCAGUCCCCCGCCCACGUCACCUGCCGCGCCGACGCCGCCUCCCUCUGCCUCUCCUGCGACCGCGACAUCCACUCCGCCAACCCCGUCGCCCAGAAGCACGACCGCGUCCCCGUCGUCCCCUUCUACGACCCCCUCCCCCCCAACCACCCCCACCACCCCGCCGUCGCCGUCCCCCCUCCGCCCUCCGCCAGGUCCGGCGGCGGCGGCUUCGUCCUCAAGUCGGAGGACGAGGUCAGCCGGGAGGAGGAGGAGGAGGCCGCCUCCUGGCUGCUGCCCAACCCCUCCAAGGCCGCCGAGAGCCCCGACGUGAACUCCGCCCACCAGUUCCUGUUCGGCGGCGGCGACGACGUGGACCCGUACCUGGACGUCGACUACGGUCCGGUCGACCCCAAGUUCGAGGCCAGCGGGGACCAGCACAGCUCCGGCACGGCGGACGGCGUCGUCCCGGUGCGCUGCGAGGGCGUCGUCCACGGGCCGUUCAUGGGGGAGGGCGGGUUCGACCUGGAGUUGACCGGUGGAUCGAAGGGGUUCGAGUUCGGCUAUGGCGCUCACUGCUUGAGCCAGAGUGUAUCGUCGUCCUCUCUCGACGUCGGAGUCGUGCCGGACGGGAGCACGGGCACCGACAUGUCGAACCCGGGCGGGCGAGCGGCCGGUGUGGGGUUCGAGUCCGCGAGCCGGGCGCUGCAGCUGUCGUCGGUGGACAGGGAAGCGAGGGUCCUGAGGUACAGGGAGAAGAGGAAGAACCGCAAGUUCGAGAAGACCAUCCGGUACGCCUCGCGCAAGGCCUACGCCGAGACGCGGCCCCGGAUCAAGGGGAGGUUCGCGAAGCGCGCCGACAUCGAGGCGGAGGCCGAGCGCAUGUUCGGGUUCGGGGUCGUGCCCUCCUUCUGAGAUCCAUCUAACGUUCUGAACGCCUCUCUCUCUCUCUCUCUCUCUCUCUCUCGAGAAAUUUUUGGCUCGUUUUUCUUGCUGGUUUUGUGCUGCUGCUGCUGCUUUCUCUCUAGCAAUGUCGAUCUGUUUGUAUAUAGUAGGAGACUUGGCGUUUGAUCCAUGGAUCUCCGACCGUUGAUGAUCUGAAUGUUUGUGGUGAAUUUUCAUGGAAUUUGAUGAUGCAAAAUGGAAGGAAAAAUUUGCUGUAAA